AUGCUGUGCCGCCUCCUGAGCCGCCUCAGCCGGGCAGUGAGGCUCCCCGAAGGAGAAAUCGGCGUCCCCGGCCGGGCCCGGCCUGAGGCCCCGGCCCGGCCCUGCCAGACGGACGAGGCGCCGCCGCCGCCUCCGCCGCUUCCCGGGCAGCAGGAGUCCGGCAGAAGACAUCAGCAGCGCGAACAUGGAUGUGGGAACCUUUUACGUCACUGCAGCACUUUGGAUGCUUUCACCUGGGGUUUCUUGGCUGUCGUUGCUCUGGAGUUGGCCAAGCAGGUCCAAUGGCUACAUUCUUUGCAACCAAGUGGAAGUCGUGCCAGACUUUGCCAGUUUGGUGGUCAGCUUGCUGUUUUGCCCCCGCAUCAGCACUCAGCCCCUCCUACAACUGCAUCUGCACACUUCAGUGGAGGGGAGAAACCACACUUCUUUCUGGGAGCAGACAAUGAACAUGCACAGGAGAAUCCGUCUCCAAGCAAAACCUCACAGUCUGAAGAACACCUGGUACCGUCAGAAGCAGGGGACUUCCCAUCCAGCACAAGCCCUGAACCACCCUUGGUCUCGUUGCAUUCACAGGGCAGCCUAGAGCAGCAGAAGUCCUUCAACGAAGCUGCUUCUCAAGUACAACAGGCAUUCCAAGCUAGCAUUUCCGUGGCACUCAACAUCCUCGGGCUUGAGCAUUUGCAGAAGAGGCAGCACAGGACGGCCUUUUCCUUCUUCAAGCUGGCUGCAGAUCAGAAUUACAGCAAAGCCCAGUUCAAUGUGGGGCUGUGCUAUGAACACGGAAGAGGUGCCGAAAAGGACAUGGCAAAGGCAGCCCUCUAUUACCAGCGGGCAGCUCGCCAAGGGCACACCAUGGCCCAGUAUCGCUAUGCUAAGUGGCUUCUGCGGAGCUGGCCCAAAGUGGAGGAAGACAGCCGUGUCCAGGAGGCAGUGGAUUUGCUGGACCAGGCAGCUGCUGCAGGGCUAACCCAGGCACAAGUUUAUCUAGGAGUGCUUUGCCUGAAGGGUCUGAAGACUGGCAGGAAAACUGCAAUGAAAUAUGUGCACAUGGCAGCCGAAAGGGAGGAUUCCUUGAGCAGAUUCCCAUUGGGCCUCUGCUAUGAAAAGGGCUUCGGAUUCCCCCAGAAUCAGCCGGAAGCUGAGAAGCAUAACCAGCAAGCAGAGGCUGCCACCCCAAAGCCUGCCCAGGAGAGGGCGACAGUCAUGAUACAGCAGCAGAUAGCAGAUGCGCAGAGCCAGCACCGGUUAACCGUGGCCCCGAGACCCUUUUUCUCCAGCCCCUGUCUUCAGAGCCUGAGUCAGCCGCCAAUUUCUCACACGGGGCAGCCAGUUCUGGACCUGAUUCACUCCCAGAGCACAGGAAACCUCCGGGAUGUGGCCUACCUGCCUCGGCCAGCCUUCCCAGAUUGCUUCUCUCUCAGCCUGCGCCCCUUGGCCUGGUCUCAAGGAAUAGCCAUUGGCUGAAGUGGCUAGUUGGAAAA